UCUACCUCGCGGAGGAAUGCUGCUGACUUUAUUCAGGUUGACAAUGAUCGUUUCGCUACUAAUCAGCGCAGUUCGCGUCCACGUGAAUUCAGAGAAAUUAUCGCUGAUACCGUCAGAGGAAGACGAGGCAGUGGCCCAAUCGCAUCGACAGAGUGAUACCUUUUUAAAAUCAGUUUACGAUGAAGACAAGGAUCUCGUGCAGAGACGUCAAUCUAACAAGGACUCCGGAUACGACUCGAGAAUACGUCGUGGUAGCGUUAAUUCGGUGGAGAACAGAUUCACCCGAUCAGGUAACGGAGUGUUGGCGCACAAAAUGGCCAAGGAUGUGCUCAAGUCCCCGAAGACACAGGAUACCAUAAGGAAACUCUCGCGUGUGUCAUCGCCCAAAGGAAGUUUCCGUGCAGCUGCGAAGGUUCCAGGGGUAACCAAAGGCGGUUCGAGGGUGGCUGAAGAGAAGAGACAUCACGGGGCGAGGCACAGGGGUCGAAGGAAGAAAAAGAAAAGACAUCAUCGAAAGUUCAGGAAACAGCAGCCUGGUUUGUUAAAGAGAGGAUCUUCUAAGAGAACGUCGGACAGCAAAAAGGACAUUAACGCGUUUGCGAAGGGAUCAGAUGGAAGGGGGCAUUCUAUGAUUAAGCAUAAUCCAGUUGUUAUCGCCGAUAAAUCACGCGACAAACCGACCACUUUGCGAUCGAGCAGCAAUAUUACUGCUGUCAAAGUAGACGACGACGAUUACGUUGAUUUUUCCUCGCCUAUGUACACCGAACCUACGGUGCAUCUCAGCCAAUCGAAAAGACUCGAGAAACCAGCGAAAUUGCACGGAAGUGAAAAGAUGAUCGAACAACUGAUGAGGACGACGACGAAGGAUCCGUCGAAAAAGAGUCCAGGCGACCAAGGGGUCGAGUAUUCGGAUUACUAUAGCGACGACGAAGUUCUCCAGGACAUCGCCGCGAAUAAAAUUCCGAUACAGCUGGCCGAGUCGAAAAAUCCUAACGAUAGAUUCACACGACAGGCACUUAAUUUCACGUCGUACCGUGAUAACGAUUUGAUCAAUAGAAACUUGCAGCAUUAUUAUUCGAACCACGAUACUCGUAGAAAAGGUCUCAGGUACAGGGGCAACACUGUCAAUUCUCUUCAUAAUUUUCAGAACUAUCCCACAAUUGAACGUCUCCCGACAUUAAAUCGGAACUCACGACACUUCAGAGCGGAUUAUCCUUCGUUUAAUUAUGCGACCAAUUACGAACCCUUGGAAUAUCGAAACGAAAAUUUUGAUUCGUCGUAUCCAACCAGUAUGGCGGCUGUUCCGGAACCACUCGAGGGAAACAGUCUUCCAGAGCAGCAGAACGACCUGGAUGCUUCCGAUCCGAGCAAAUUAGACAACGAAAUUCAACCUGUCGUUGAAGUGCAGGAUCCGGAUCAAUUUAAUUAUCAGAAUCAAUACGAAACUGCCCCGGAACACUUCCAAAGCUCGAGUUCGAACGAGCCCCAAAGUCUCAAUGUAAACGAAGCUCUUGAACCGCGAGUUCCUCAGUUUCAAAGUUUAAACAGCUACCAGCAGGUAGAGACGAAUUUGCCAGAGACCGGAAGUUUCGAUCAGAGUAUGAUGAACCAACCACGAAUGGACAAUAUGGGGAUUUUAGAUCCGAAAGAGGAAGAUGCGGAAGUUCGUACUCAGUCCAGUUACACUCCGAUUCAGUUGUAUGAUAACCAAGAAGAGCAGCAGAAGGAACAGCAGAAAGAACAAGCUCUGAAAAAUUUCCUGAUUUCCCAAUCGAAGCACAGUUCUCCAGCACUGAACGUUCCUAAUGCGAUGGAUCAACCAUUAGGAAAAAUCCUAGAGUCCUUAGGGAUCAAUGUCAACAGCGGGCCAACUAACUUCAAUCAAAAUCCAAGCUUCGACGAGAACAUCAAUCGUCAAGUGAUACCUUACUCCAACACCUACGAUCGGUCAAUGGAACAUGCGAUAAGUCCCAAUUACCUGAAAAGGAAACCAAAUGAAGACUUGACCAGCUACCAUGAAAAUGGUAACGCGAAAGGGUCGGAGUACCAGACGCUUAGAGACAAAAACGGAAACAACGCAAGGGAGGAUUACCUUAGAAGACAAUCGAUUCAAAACAAUGGGUAUAAUAACAACUUGACACACCUGGAAGAAAACGAGAAUCCUACUCACAACGUGAACAUUUCCAUUGCGAUGCACGACACGAAAGAGGUCGCCAAUCAGAUACUCGAUACCAUAAUGGAGGAGCUAGAAGAAUUGAAAGAGGACAAGUUGAAGGAUAAUAAGAAAGAAGGCUUACCUUGCCGUUUGUCAGGGUCCUGGUCAACAGCUCAGGCCGGAGUGAAACUGGAUAUGAGGGUCGUGAAUCGUACUAUAAUCGUGACGCUUUCCGACCUCGCAUCCCCACGUUUGCACGAAAGUUUGCUGAAUGGAACGUGGAACGUCUCUGGUCACGUCCCGUUUAAACGUGGCUCGCCGUUCACCCUCAUCGCCACCAACAAUAACACUAAUUCUAUAGCUGUGUUUGUCGGUGCCUGCAGAGUGUGUCAAGGGAUCGACACCAUAGCAGGUGUUUGGUCCGUUGCUCGACAACCAAAUGGUUGCAAAGACUUCCAGGUUAGCACGAGUGUCUUCAAUGAUAUUUUCCGUAAGACGAAAUGGUCCAGUUUGAAAGAGAAACAAGGCUCGAACACGACGGAAAACUCGACGAUAAAGCAUAAAAAGAGGAAAAGUUAG